AUGAAUAACGUAUCCAAAACCUAUAGGCAGACCCAAUCGGGACAUGCACAGAACUAUUCCCGUAAUCACCGAGGUAUUUUGUCUUCCAAAUGUAUCGCCAAGUAUACUCUUAAUAAGAAGACAGAUACAAUUAGCACUGAAUGCUUUAGAGUUGCGAAGUACUGUAUAAUUGGUAUUUGCAGCUUGCUUGUGUUGUUGCGUGGUGUUAGCGGAUCAAGUAAUGCUAGUGCGAGCACUGAAGUUGAUGAUAGUACUUUGAGCGUGGGUGGUGUAUUGGCUGAGAAGAUUCCAUUCAAGUCGCGCGAGGCAUGCGGUGUAAUGCAAAUAUUGGCAUCAGCUGAAGUUCAUCUUAGCCACGCGUGUACAUCUGUGUAUAGGCUGCCUCAAUCUAGUGCACCACUCAAUAAGUCCAUCUUUGAUUCAAAUUUGAUAACACAGACUUGCCAGUAUGCAGUAUUGUUUAAGGAUUCACCAGUUGCAAUUGGAUUGCCUACCUACUCGGAUGGAGAGGAGGCCAAGAUGUGCUUAAAUAGACUAAGCCAGAUCGUGGUUAUUAGGUCUACCACUAAUGCUAACACAAACAUUUAUGUUUCCCAUCGAGCCGGUGGUUUGGGCUGUCAUCUAGUGAACUUGCAAAUUCUAUACCGAGCGAUUAACCUACUUGAUUGUGCGGCGAUAGAGCUUUGCUUUGAAGAUGGUUGGGAAGAAGCAAUGAAGAAUAAUGCGUUAGGCUUUGUUGCGGCCCGUCAAGAGGCACGGGAUACAGUAGCCAAAACGGAUUAUAAGUUCAAGUGCCAUCUAGUAUUCCUAAGUCUAAGAGAUAACCCUAUGGAUUUGGUUUAUGGUAGUAUUAUUCUUGCGAGACAAAUUGCCGUCAUAACGCUCAAUGAAAAGUCGUUAUGCUAUCUUCACCUUCUUAGUAAAGUAAGACUAGCUGAUGACUUUACUCUUAUUCUGCUUAGUCUGCCACAAGAGGGUAAUGUUGAUUUGAGGUUUCUCCAAGAUAUAUAUAUUGAGCGUGUCAAAAUCGUUAUUAACCCAUGGAUGGCCCCUACUACUCAGAUAAACUUUCUUGGUCUUGAGAAUGUGAUUGCAAACCGUCCGAAGGUAGUCUUAGAGGCAUCUUGGGGCGUUCUUAGAUAUUUAGCCGAACACAGCGUGUCUAAAAUACACGUUUGCACUGUCUUGGGCCUAGAUAUCGGCCACCUUUUUAUCCGACAAAUAACGGACAAUACUCGCAGAGAUGCACCUUCUGAGCCGAAGAUAAUUGCUAAAGAGAUCAUCUUAACACUAUCUAGUGAGCUGCCAUGCAAGCAACUUAAUAACUAUAAGCAGAUCUUCAGUCAAACAAUCAUUGCUAAAUAUGGCAUCUCAGCCGAUGAAAUUCAUGUCAAGUACGGGAAGUGCCAACAGGACUUCUAUAAAACUCUAUGGACGCUUUACAAUAUCCAAAGUUUACCCGCAACCGUACUAAAUGACUUAAGCUGGAAAGGACCGAACUAUAUUGAUUGUUGCGGUGAGGAACUUAGCAAUCCUACCUGGAAGCUUCCAGAGACAGUUGAUAUCCAACUCGGCAACUCUCUAAUCAGCAGGCUCACUAAGGAAUUCUCGUACGAUUCGAAUCCGAUAUUUUGUCAAAACAUGCGCUACUCAACGAUCAGAAUAACCGGAACUAUUGGACAAGCAUCAUCUCAGAUACAACAUCUCAUUUACCUUCUACUUCGAUUCCAGAACCUUACUGCCGAUACUCUUACUAUUUCAAAUGUACAACCAGACAACCAUAUUAUCAGUACAUUCGACUUAAAGACUCUAAAA